AUGGGUGAUCGAGGCCGGUGUGUUCAUUGGUCCGUACGUUUCUGGACCGGUUCCCGAGAAGUCAAAGUAUCCCUCGCCCUUCUCACCGUCAAUGGUGAUCUUACACUUGACAGGAGUUCCAUCAUCGAAAUAGUCAAUGGCUUCCAACGGUUUUCCUUGAUGCUUUUCAUAAGUUUGUCUGAAGAAUUGACGAACGGCCUGUUCAGCGUUGAAACAGAUUGCACGCAUGUAAAACUGCACAAAUUGUUUGCCGUACUCCUCGAACAGAGCUUCCAUCAACAGGAUUCCGUUUUGGUUGGCACUGACUUGUGCACGCAGAUCGCUCAAGUUGUCGUUAAUUUUUCUGGUUGCAGAGCAGCCAGGGAACUCCCCUGCUUUGUUGAACAGGUCCACGAUUCCCUUCUCGUCAAACUCGCCUCCACUCACCAGCUUGAAGCUCUUGAUAGAAACACCUUCCUGCCACAGUUCCUUGGAGUUUGGAGACAUGGCCGUGAUUCCAGCUCCUCCGAUAUCGGCAUGGUGGCCUCUGGAAGCCACGUAGAAGACGAUUUCUCCGUUGUGGAAAACCGGCGUGAUGACAGUGAUAUCGGGCAAGUGCGUUCCACCAGCCUCGGGAUGGUUGGAAACAAGAACAUCGCCACGCUUGAGCUUGCCCUUCCAGAGAUGGUGUUGAUAUUGAAUGGCAUAUUGCAUGGAACCCAGAUGAACAGGAAUAUGUGGAGCAUUAGCAACCAGUUCACCAUCUGGCCCAAAAAUAGCACACGAGAAGUCCAAACGUUCCUUGAUAGAUGA